AUCCUCCUCGGCCUCUUCACCCACUCCCUGCUGCAUCUCUUCCUCUUCUCCAUCAUCAUGGUCAUGUUUCUGGUGGCCCUGUCUGGCAAGGGGCUCAUGAUCUUCCUCAUCAACGUUGACUCCCGCCUCCACAGCCCCAUGUACUUCUUCCUCAGCUGGCUGUCACUCAUGGAUCUCAUGCUCAUCUCCACCAUUGUGCCUCAGAUGGCUGUGGACUUCCUCUUGGGUGGUGGCUCCAUCUCCUUCAUAGGCUGUGGGCUCCAAAUUCUCUUCUCCCUCACCCUUCUGGGGGAUGAGUGCUUUCUGCUGGCCUUCAUGGCCUAUGACCGCUAUGUGGCCAUCAGUAACCCACUGAGGUACUCGGUGUUCAUGAGUCGCUGUGUCUGCUGGAUCAUGGUGGCAGGGUCCUGGCUCUUUGGACUGGUGGACGGGCUAAUCCAGGCUGUCUUCACCCUCUGCUUCCCCUAUUGUAGCUCCCAGGAGAUCGACCACUUCUUCUGCGAGGUUCCCGCUGUGCUCAAGCUAGCCUGCGCUGACACUUCCCUUUAUGAGACCAUGAUCUAUGUCUGCUGCGUCCUCAUGCUGCUCCUGCCCUUCUCUGUCAUCUCUGCCUCCUACCUGUGGAUCCUGCUGGCUGUGCUCCGCAUGCGCUCUACUGAAGGCCGGCAGAAGGCCUUUGCUACCUGCUCCUCCCACAUGUGAGUGGUCUCCCUCUUCUAUGGGGCCGUCAUGAUCACCUACAUGCGGCCCCAGGCUUACCAUUCCUCCAAGCAGGACAAGGCGGUCUCUGCCUUCUAUACCAUGAUCACCCCCAUAUCAUACAGUCUGAGGAACAAGGAAGUAACCGGGGCUCUGAGGAAACUCCUGGGAACGUGUCCCUGUGGCGGGGAACAGGGCUAG